CAUUGCGCAUGCGUCAAAAUCUUAAGUUUCGGGCGGGCAGAUUCAAAACAGUGGAAAUGGAUUUGAUAUCUGCGCUACAGUUUCUUAGGUUAGACGAAAUUCCAGAAGCAUGGGUGGAGGCAGUGUGGGACUUAGAGUUCACAGAAGGGAAACCACUGGAUGACACCAUAGAGGAAGAACUUGCAGCCAGUGGAGACAAAGCCUUCAGAACUCUGUACCACUGUUUCCUGACCCAUGUUCCCGACCAGCAACAGUCUACAAGCAGCAAUGAAGCUUCACAGAGUAUCUGGACAAUUCUGGGAGACAACGGGGUGUCGAUCAGGUCUCUGGUGGCUGUGCUGUCUGUCUUUGUCCAGGCGGGGAAAGCCAAAGGGGCCAACGUCCAACAAAGGGUGAACGGCCUGUACGCUGCUUCACUCUACCUACUACUGCUGGGAAUCCCAGGAAGCAUCGCCAACAAGGUUUUCCAUGAAGUUUUAUUGGACACAUGUUCAGACUUGACCUCUCACUGCUGGCCUCAAGACUCUGGAAAGAAGCGCAAGAAAGACAGCCUGAAGAGUUCUCAGGCAGACGGCAAACGCUCCAAACCACAGCGGAAAGACGCUCGAGAGAUGAAAAUGGAUGAUGCAGAGGAAGAAGAGGAGGAAGAGGAGUAUCAUUUCUCUGGCCAGGACUUGAUGAAGAUGAGAGAUGCUGUGACUUUCCUGGUCCAAAGCCUCCUCAGACUCCUGCAGACAUUUCCACUUAAAGACAGACCACAUAGCGCCAGCAACUGCAUUCGGAUCUUCAGUAAGCUGCUUUACUUUGAACCCGUCAUUGGCGAGCUAACUUUUGCUGCCGAACGAGAUGUCGCCAAGCUGAGGACUGUUCCUGAGAUGGCUUUCUAUGGCCUACAGCUGCUUUGCUCACCAAAACAUGGAGACCAGAAAGAAUCUCUCCAGGCUUUGUUCCACCGGCUUCUCUACGUAAUCCUGAUGAUGAACAAAGGCAACAGCGGAAAGCCUUCCCUCCUCGUACCCAACCAGGCUAACCUCGCCACACGUGACCAGGCUAUCCAGUUUGUUUGUUAUCUUGUGGGUGAGCUGAAGGAGCUAGCACUCCCUGUCCUACAAAUCCUCCUGCAGCACAUCUGCUUCCAGAUGGUGGAGAAAAACGAGUAUCGAACCCAUGGAGCCCAGGCUGUGGGUAUGCUGACAUCUCGGAUGGCAAAUACAGACUACGCCUGCUUCAUCAAGUGGCUGUUUAAAUUCUCCAGAAACUCAAAGAUGGUCCACCGAUUGUUCUCCAUCGACGUGGUGAUGGUUUUGCUCGAGCAGCAAGAAAGGACGGAGGAAUGCCAAGAUCCAGAGCUUUCCUGCUUCCUGCCACACAAGUUCCUGAUCCAGAAUCUGCUAUUUGCUCGGCGGGUGGAUGAAUCCCCCACCGUCCAAGGCCACGCUCUUGCUUGCCUGGCCCAGUGUCUGGAGCUGCCUUCACUGAACAUCACACGGGCUGUUCACACCCUCUUCUCUGCCACUGGAACCCAGACAGUCUUGGAUGGUGAAAUCACAGAAGGAACUCUGGGUUCCCAGCACACUCAGAAAACUUACCGCACCCUGCCAUUUAGGACUGUGGAGAUCAGCAGUGCUGAGAGCUCCAGCUGUGACGCAAAGGAGAACCUGGCUCUUCUUCUGCGACGUGCAAAAAACUCAAAGACCAACGUGAGGAAAUCGGCACUGCAGGCUUUGCUGGGCCUCCUGAAACAUGGUGUGAUCCCCAUGAGCUGUGAGAACCUGGGAACUCUGUCAGAGCGCUGCAGAGACCCAGCUGUAUCUGUAAAGAAGAAGGCCCUGCAGUGUGUGGGAGAGCUACUCGCUGCUAAACCAGAGUGCAGAGAGGUGCAGAAGGUGUGGCUGCAGGGUGUGGUUCCAGCUGUGGUGGACUCUGAGAACUCUGUCCAAGACAAGGCCCUGGAGGCUCUGGACCAGGUGCUGCUCAGUCAGAUCAAACCGUACUCUGCCAGCUCCCACAUGAGUGUUAGUCAGAGGCUGACCUGGGACCUGCUGGACCUGCUGUGUAACGAGUGCCAGAACCUGAGCCAGUACUUCAGUCGGGCCUUCACCAUGUGGUCCAAACAGAACAAGUUCACUUCAGCGUUCGUCACCAACCUGGUAUCGCACACUGAGGCUGAUCACGCUGCCGGGGCGUGGCUGCUGCUCUCCAAGGUUGUCACUUCAUCCCACAAAGUGCCCUAUGGCAAGAUCCUGGAUACCUGGGACACCAUGGUCAGCUCAAAGGAUGUAAAUGUGACAACCUGCUGUCACAUCCUGUGUGUGAUAGGAGACAUUGCCGCACAUCUGAAUGAAGAUACCAAAGACAGGAUAGUUGCUGAUCUCAUGUCUUGGCUCAAGACGUUCACUUUGUCCCUGGAGGUGAUUAGUGCUGCUGUGGAGACUCUUUAUCAACUUGGCAAAAAUGAAGACAUCAAACAGACUCAGGCUUUUCUGGACCAGCACUGUGGUGAUCUGGUGUCGGUCUGCGAGGCUUAUUUAGCUAACAUUAUCCUGAGUGAAAAUGGAACCCAGAACCUCAAUGAGGAGAUGAUGGUUAAAUACCUCCACACUUUGGGCGUGGCAUCACUCCACUGUCCCACUAAGGUUGGAAAGAGGACCGUUCUGCUGGUGGAAUCUGUCCUCACAACACAUUCUGACAAAGUGCCAGAGGGCCAGGAAGAGCUGCCAGCCUCACUGCCUCUGUCCCAGUUCAAAGCAAACUCUCUUCCUACCAGAGUCAGAGCCCAUGGAGUCAUCACUUUAGGUAAAAUGUGUCUGCAGGAUGAAGAACUAGUCCACAGGUACCUGCCGGUGUUCGCCAGGGAGCUGGAAGUUGGCACGGAGGUUGCUGUGCGCAACAAUGUGGUGGUGAUCAUGUGUGACAUGUGCGUUCGAUACACCAACAUUGUGGAUCACUACAUCCCCAACAUCUCUGCCUGUCUGCGGGACAGUGAUGCUGUCAUCAGGGAGCAGACUCUCAUAAUGCUGACCAACCUGCUUCAGGAGGAAUUUGUGAAAUGGAAAGGCUCCCUUUUCUUUCGCUUCAUGGUAGCGCUGGUUGACCCAGACCCUGCUAUCGCCAGUCUCUGUGAAUACUGCCUACUCCACCUGCUGCUGAAGAAGACACCAGAAAUGUUCAGUCAGCACUUCAUUGAGUGCAUCUUCCACUUCAACUCCUACAACAAACACAGUUCCUACAACAAGUUCCCUCAAACCGAGAGAGAAAAGGUUCAGUUCUCUCUGAAAGGAGCUCAGCACCGUGAGAAGCGCUUUCGGAUCUACCACUUCCUUUUGGAGCACUUUACAGAUGCCCAGCGCUUCAACAUCACCAACAAGAUCAACCAGACCAUCUUAGCAUGUUUUGCAGAUGAGGAGCUGCCUCUGGAUGCAGAUGGCGCUGAAAUUUUGUCAGAGACCUUCAGCAUCUUGAGUCUAAAGGAGAUGAAGGUGCAGGCCAUAUUAACUCCAGCUGGGGAGGAGCCAGAGGAGGAGAACAUGGCCACCAUGGCUAAGGCGGUCCUGCAGGCUGCACAGAAGAAGGUGGUGUCACAGGUCCAGAAGAAGGCCUUCAUGGAGAACACUGUUCCUCUCAUCAUCAGCCUGAAGAACCUACUGGAGGAAAAGCGUUCCCCUGUUCUCAAAGACCUCAUGGCCUACCUCCAGGUGAAAAUGCAGGACUACCGUAACGAGGUGAAGGAGUUCUUCUCUGGAGAUGAGCAGCUGGCAGCUGAAGUGGAGUUUGCUCUGAAGAUGUCAGAGAGGGAAAGAGAAGUGCAGAAACAGAUGGAAAACUGCAGCCUGACAGAAAAGACCAAGACGCCCCCUGCACAGGUUUCAGGUCAGGGUGCUCCUACCAGGUCCAGACCCCUCCUUCCUUUUGUCUUUGCCACACCGCAGCCACCUCGUUCAAACCGAGAUUCUGCCAGACUGGCACACACUGACAGCCGUACACGCAGAUCAAGACAAGAGGAUCAUGUCCCGUCUAAAUCAGUCUUGCUGGAAGGAACAGUGGUGCCUCGAGGAGCUGUGAAUGACAGAGCCAUCAGCACACCAAAAGGUGUCAAUGUCAACCUCACCUUUGAUGAAGUCAGUGCCAUUUUCAGUGACCAUGGUGGAACAAGUCUUGUUGAGGAGGUCAGUGUUCUUCAUGUGAAAUCCAAAGAGCAGCAGGCUCCAGGACCGAGGCAGUGGAAUGUGCAGUCUCCUUUACGCCAGAAGAAAAGAUCGUCCAGAGUUUAGUUGGCAUAAUGCUUAUUUCUGUUGUUUGUCGGGACUCUUAACUCCACUACAUACCUUACAUAUGUGUUUCCACCUACAUGCUGUUUAUUGAUAUCCUCCAUCUUUUAAGGUUGUCACUGUUUGUAUGUCGUAUUUUUGUUAAUAAAGCUUUUCUACAAAUUUAAAU